AUGCUGGCCCAGAGUUCCAAAGAUUCUUUAGCAGCUGAAAGUGGAAGCAAAGAAUUCACCCUGGAAGAGACCCAGCUAACGCCCACUCCAGCAAGCAAAGGAAAGGGCCAUGGCGCCAAAGAUCUUGGCAAGCAGAACCUUGCGCCCACCCAAGCCAGAAUUCCGCCAGGGCAGCCUGAUGCAACACCUACGCGCGUUGCGCCCAGCACCAGACCCGCGCGUAACCCUGCCACGCGUUUGCCCAGACCUCCUCUUACGCCUUCUUCGAUAGUAACCUCGCAAAAGGCGCCGUCCGAAGCCUCCAAGGAGCCCAAGAAGGAAGGUUAUUGGAAGGUGCGCCGCUACGUGACGCCGAACCAGCAGGGCGUAGCCAAAUGCUCCAAGGAUGUUCUUGAGAUGGCUCAGACAGUGGAUGGGCGCGAGAAACUGCGACAGUUGCUCCUCCAGCACGGCUCCUUCGAGAAGGUUGAGGUUGUUGUCAAGCAGUGGCACGAGCAGCGGAAGAAGAACAAGUCAGAGGGAGGAUAUCACACCAAACAGUGGUUGAUGGACAACAGAUCCUUUACUCAACUUCGGGUGAACGAGGUGCAUGGAGUUGAAGAGGCUGAUGUGCCCUUGGACGAAACAUGGAGCAAUGAGACCGAACGUGGACGACGCAUUGAAUUCUCCGGCGCGGCGGAAAUGGAAGUGCCACGCCUAACAAUUUUCUGCGUGCUUUGUUUUCCGGCUCUCCAAGCGAAUGUGUCUGCGUCUGCGAUUCUGCCCAACUUCCUGGCGGUCCUGGGGAAGAAGCUGGACCAAGGUGAUGCUGUCAAGGAGAAGUGCCAAGCAGCGAAGAGUACCAAAGCGAUCUUCAACUCCCUACAGAACUCCUUGAAUGCCCUCAGCCAAUGCUAUGAUGAUCUGGUCAAGCUUCAGUCCGAAGCCGCAAUCGCCCACAGUGACGACUUGGAGAGGAUCGACAAAGAGAUCAUGGUGACGUUUGUUCAGGCGACAAAGGAAGACCUGGCCCUGAACAAUUAUGUGAUGAGGGCAAAGCCACUUGUCUAUAACUGUUCGCAAGAUUUCGCAAGCAAUUAUGAUUCCCAUGACCUCGGAUCAUGCUACACUUAG